AUGGUAGACUACUGUACGAACAACCGAGCAGCAGCUGCGUCCGGGAUCUCCAUUACGGCUGCGCUUCCUUCCCCCUAUCGAUCUGCGAAAUCACGCCCGUCGCGCGAAAAGUCCUCGCUACACAAAUCAUUGGGCGAAGGAACGGACCCAGGGCAGCAGGGGCGUGUGCGUACGGUGCGGCUGGUACGACCCCAUCAUGGCUACAACCAUCGGAAUCUACCGAUCACUGGCAGUAAUUUUGGAUUUUCAAUACGCGGUGGUCUAGAGUACGGGACCGGGUUCUUCGUGUCGGCGAUAGAACGGGACUCCGAGGCCGAUCGGCAAGGGUUGAAAGUGGGAGAUCAGAUUAUACGCGUGAAUGGAUAUCAGGUGGAGGAUGCAGUUCAUCGAGAGUUGGCACAGUUCAUCGCCAACCAGGAUAGGCUUAUCAUGAAAGUGCGUGGACUUGGCAUCUUGCCAAUCAAAGAACGUGCAGCGGAUCCUCUUACCUGGCACGUGGUAUCGUUCGGUGUGUCACACGAUAAACAGGAUACGCUUCUUCUCGACGAACCAUGUGGCGGACGUGAUCUGAAGGUGAUCCUAUCCGUUGCACCCCGAACGAAGCUCGGCUGUGGCAUAUGUAAAGGGCCUGAAUGGAAGCCGGGCAUUUUUGUACAGUUUACUAAGGAGGGAGGUGUAGCGCGCGAAGCCGGUCUACGGCCAGGUGAUCAGAUACUUUCCUGCAACGGACACAGCUUCGCUGAAGCAUCCUUUGGUGAGGCGGUUGCAGUCAUGAAAUCUUCCCAUGUGCUGGAGCUGGUUGUGCGUCCGAGCGCUGGGUUGGAUCUUUUCCCGGGUGAAUCGAGCGGAUACAAUAGCUCGGCAAGUAGUGUCAAUGGGGAUCAAAGUCCUUGCUGGGGUGAUCAAACUUCAAAGCGAUUAAGCAUCGUACGGGAAGAGUCAAUCUCGCACGAUCGACGCCGACUUGCACCGGUGCCGACGGUGCCUGAAUUUCCAUCCAACGCUAGCGAUAAUCAAUCGGCUGUUCCACCUCCACCGCCACCACAACCCCGGACCCCGAAUCAGGAGCAGCAGCAGCACCAGCAGCAGCAGCAACAACAACAGCCACGGGUCACAUUGGCGGGACCGACACGCAAGAAGAACACUACCAUCAUUGAGUUCUCCGAGCGAGGUGCCAUCGUGAACCCUGACGCGAAACAGAGUGAAACGAAAACGAUCAUUGUCGAGGUGCACCGGAGCGCAUCGGCUGGCUCGAUGGUGGACGAUGAGUCCGGCAAUGGGACAGCGUCGGGCACGAUCAUUCCUCCUCCGCCGCCACUGUUUGCUGAUGCCGUUGCUCCCAGCUCUCAAUCAACUACGAACCCAACAGCAGCCACCGGCACAUCGUCUCAGGAACAGCAAGCGUGUACUGCAGCAGCUGCCGCCGCCGCAGCAGCACAUAGCUUGAGCAAUGCAAUAUCGGAUGAAUUGCGCCGACGGGCAGAGAAGAAAGCAACCACCGCGGCGGGAGGAUCAGAUCCCGCCACUGGACCGGCUGCGGCACUGACCGAGUUGGAGAACCGAUUAAAAGAGAAGAACGUACGGUUGCGCCCGGUAACGAUGGCCAUAUCGGACGAACGGCAUACGGCACUGAUGGACGAGUUCCGGGCAGUGCAUAAACGUAUGUUUAAGAAUGGAUUUGACAAUGCUGAACUAAAGAAACAAACUUCCAAACCGAACGCAAACAAUGCGGAUCACCAUAGUCAUCCUACUACCCAGGACACCACCAACAACGGUACGCGAAAAUCUCCCAAAGGCACGAUGGGCCGUGUGGCGGCGUCCGAGAUGGCGAAAGCGAACGGUGACAGUGCCGAGCUGGAAUCGAUCGAAUCGUUCAAGCUGAACAACCCGCAACCUCCGCCGGCACGUCCCCCGUCCUAUUACUUCUGUCCCCAGGCAACUGGUCCACCGACGAUGAAGAAAUCCCAAAAACCGAUCGCCGUCACGAUCAGCGAGUAUGCGACAAGUGCGCGCACGGAAGAACCAACCAAAUCGACACGGUUCGACUUUGGGCAGCUCCGAUCCGUGACCGAAGCGAUCGCGGCUGGCAGUGCUGGACCGGCAGGUAUCAAGGAGGGUUCGACGAACCGGCAACAGCGUCACGUGCCGAUGACGUAAAACACACAGAGACACAUUUCGCUAACUUUAUUAUUGGUUAAAGUAUGAAAGUAAUGUAACGACCAAAUACGA